AUGGGCGUGGGAUUCCUCACGGGAAAAUCAGUACGGCAGCAGGGAAGUGGAAUUGACAACACGAACAAUGUCCAUCAACACGAACCAUUGCGUUCCGAUCGUCCUGCUACCCACAAUAGCAAUCUGGCAGAGCCGCAUACCUCUCGUCCCUGCCGAGCUACACAACACCCAGCAGCUCAGUCAGCGAUGACUAUGCCAAUUCCCCCCGCCGCAAUGUGGCUCAGAAUCAGAACCCGCUCUCGUCAUCAGGAUACGGUUCAGCUACCCUCCGACCGCCGGUCUGAGACUACGUUUAUCAUAUUCUCCGGAUCGGCAGGUCCUCGACGUUACGACAAGCCAUCCCAUCGUCACAGACAUUCUAGCCAUGCAUUAAGUCCCUGCAACGAUAAGAUAGCACCUAUUCUUCACAAACCUGAGUGCCUAGUCUUGAUAAUGCAUAACCAGCUGUUAAAUUGUCAGAUUGGUAUUCGUGGCACCAAGAAUGGCACCUACACCAUCAUGGUCAUUAGGGCCAAGGCAGCUUGGGCCAGAUCCCUUGAGCAUGCGCUUCUCUUCUCUGCUUGGUCGGAAAACGAACUCAUGGUCGAGCUUCGCAAUUCUUCGUCUGGCAGCCAGUGGUUCCGUCGGAUAGUCAACGAGCUGCGUCCAUUCUCAUGAUCGAACCACUUGUGACGAAUGAACCCCAAUCUUCGUCUCGCUCAUACGACCUUCAACCGCCCCUUUCACUACACCUAACCCAAGGAAGUUCUCGCAUUGGUACCCUUUGGGCAUCACUCGCCUCACAUUCGGGUAGCACUAGAGAUUACCCAAAUGUUCAAGUACGGCACGGUGGUUAGUACUCCGGCGGCUAUGUAACUAUGCGGCGCCAGGUCUCCGAUUGCGGCCGCUUAAUCCCGGGACCGAGUGCACCCUUACCACAUAUACCCGCACAUGUGUUUUAGCAGCUCAAGCAAGCGCUUACACAGCGGUAGGUUUUGGCAGAUGAUGGGUAUAAGGCUCUGGCUCUGAGGCUAUGGCUUAGCUUGAUUUCUAAGCAAUAACAAACACUCGUGCGGCGGACAAAAUUUGCCUCACAUGCUCGUUCUUCCGCAUGACUCUCAUG